GUCUGGAUCCCCCUCACCGGCUGGGGCAGUAACCUGCCGCCAUGGGGGUUAAAACGAUGCUCCCCAGCUACGAACUGGGGUUCUACGCUCUCAUCGUGAUGUGCGCCGUGGUAUACAGCGGCAGCGGGAUCUUCGAAGCAUCCAGAGACAGCAUGAACAGAAAGGCCUUUCGGGACGGCAUUAAGCCGGGCUGGCACUACUUCGGCAGGAAGAUGGACGUGGCCGAUUUCGAGUGGGUGAUGUGGUUCACCUCGUUCAGGAACGUCAUCAUCUUCGCCCUCUCGGGACAUGUCCUCUUCGGCAAGAUCUGCUCCAUGACAGUACCGCAGCACCGGGCUGUGAUGUACAUGCUCUACGGGAUCUUGGCCGUGCUGGGCAGCAUGGGGCUCGUCUACCUGAUGAUCAUCCUCUCCCACUGCCUUGUCCUCUACUCCGUCGCGCUGGCCAAGCAGAAGUGGCUCUGCUACGUGGCCGGGCUCUGCUGUCUCGCCUCCUUCAAGGUGGAGCCAUUCAGCUCGUGGCAGAGCGGGUUUGUAACGGGAGCUUUUGAUCUUCAAGAUGUCCUCUUCUAUGGAGGAAGCGGCUUCACCAUCAUGCGCUGCAUGAGCUUUGCACUCGAGAGCGCCGAGAGGAAAGAGGGCAUCUAUUCCAUCUUCGACCUCCUCAAGUACAACUUCUACCUCCCAUUCUUCUUUUUUGGGCCUGUCAUGACGUUUGACCAGUUCCAUGCCCAGGUGAGCACCCGAGAGCUAAGACGCAAAGAUGACGAGAUGAGGAAUAUCCGGGUCCAUGCCCUCCUCCACGUGGGGGCCAUCAUUGCUGUGGACGUCUUCUUCCACUUCUUCUACAUCCUCACCCUCCCUUCCGACCUGAAGUUCAUGAACCGCCUCUCGGACUGGUCCUUGGCUGGCCUGGCCUACUCCAAUUUGGUGUACGACUGGGUGAAAGCUGCUGUCAUGUUUGGGGUCAUCAACACCAUUGCCAGACUGGACCACUUGGACCCACCCCAGCCCCCAAAAUGCAUCACCAUGCUCUAUGUCUUUGCAGAAACGCAUUUUGACAGAGGGAUUAAUGAUUGGCUAUGCAAGUACGUGUAUGAUCACAUUGGAGAGAACCACGACAACAUCAUGAAGGAGCUCAUGGCCACCAUCGCCACCUUUGCCGUCACCACCCUGUGGCUGGGGCCCUGCGAGAUUGUUUAUAUCUGGUCUGUCUUCAACUGCUUUGGCCUCAACUUUGAGCUCUGGGUGCAGAAGUUCUUCCAGCAGGAGCCCUUUGCCAAACUGGAGGCCAAAAUGUCAGAGGCCAUGUCUCGGCGGAUUAGGGCAGUUUUUGGGGCGGCAAAUUUCUGGGCCAUCGUCCUCUACAACAUCCUAGCCCUCAACAGCCUGGAGUUUGCACUACUGGUGACCAAGAGACUCCUCCUGACAGGUUUCCCUGUCAGCACCUUGUCCAUCUGGUUCAUCACAUACUGCGGAGUGCAGCUGAUCAAAGAGCGUGAGCGCAUCCUGGCCAUCGAGGAGGAGAAGUGUGACAAAGCAAAGGCGGACUAGAGAGAGGCAUCGGCAGGCUUGUCCCAAAGCCUCGUCUCCCUUCCAGCCACUGGCCGGGGCUCUCCAAGCACUCCUGACAAUCGGACUGCUGUAGCUCACCCAUGUAGAAGUCACCUGAAAAGCACAGGUCACCCCCUUGCUGCAGGGAAGAUUUUCUGUAGGACACAGUGGGCAUU